GCUGCUGCCUAUGAAAAGAGCUCCAACGGUUCACAACUUUUCUCUACACUUUCCCCCUUUCUCUUUUCCUUCCCAAUUGGAAAGGGAUUGAAAUGGGAAGAGCCCCCUGCUGCUCCAAACAGGGCUUGAAGAAAGGCCCUUGGUCUUCCAAAGAAGAUUCACUUCUUAACACUUACAUCCAACAACAUGGUGAAGGCCAAUGGAGAUCCUUGCCCAAAAAAGCUGGGUUGCUCAGAUGUGGGAAGAGUUGCAGGCUAAGAUGGAUGAACUACCUGAGGCCAGGAAUCAAGCGGGGGAACUUCACCGGAGACGAGGAGGAUCUGAUCGUACGGCUGCAUUCUCUCCUCGGAAAUAGGUGGUCCCUCAUUGCCGGAAGGUUGCCUGGCCGGACCGACAACGAGAUCAAGAACUACUGGAACACCCAUCUCUUCAAGAAGCUGAAGAACUCCGGUAUCGAGCCGAGACAGCGGCCGGCCGGGAAAGACUCUUCCCGGAAAAAACAACGUGCGGCAGACAAAGAAGACAAAAACAAGACAAAGAAUAACAAGGAAAAGAUAUCAUUGGAAACGGACACGGAGAUGAAGGAGCCGUCUAAGGACAAAGUUUUGUACGCCCCGAAGCCGAUCCGGCCGUCGUCCGUGUCGUCGCUUUCGAGGAAUGGCAGCCUCGAAGACGUAGCCGGAAGCGUUUCGUCCAGUUCAUCCGGGCAGGGCGAAAACAGAGUGUUUAUCCCCUGGGAUUUGUUUGAGCCCCGCCCGGACGAUUUUUGUGAUGACAUCCUGAACGCCUUCGGUGAUGUGUCGCCGCCGCAAUGCCCGACACCCGGCUGCGACGACGGUUUGCUAGAUAAGGUGUAUGAGGAGUAUCUCCAACUUCUUUCAGAGAAUUGUUUUAUUGAGGAUGGCAAUUGCCACUGGUCAUAGAAAAAUGUUGCACUGUAAUGUCAAUAACCCGCCUGCGAGAACUAGCCGCGCGCUUCGACAGUCAAUAGUGUAAAAUAGUACCCUUUGUAUAAAAUAAAAUUGAAAAGCAGGAAAAACUGAAAAAGAAUUGGCAUCUAAUUAACUUGUCUUUACUGUUCA